AUGGGCAGUGCCAGCGAACCUAUCGCCGUCGUCGGCAUGGCCAUCAACGUAGCCGGGGCCGACGACGUGCCAGCAUUCUCUCAGAUGCUCCGCACAGGAAAGUCACAGCAUCAAGUGAUCGGCCCAGACCGUCUCAUGUUCGACACACUUUUCCGCGAGAACGACAAGGAUCCUUCGCGCAAUUGGUAUGGAAACUUCAUCCAAGAUGUUGAUGCCUUCGACCACAAGUUCUUCAAGCGUAGUCCGAGAGAGUCAACCACCAUGGACCCCCAGCAGCGGCUGUUCCUGCAAGCUGCCUAUCAGGCCGUUGAGCAGUCAGGUUACUUCUCUGAACUUGAUGAAGGCCAUGGGGACAGGGAUAAGAAACACGUCGGAGUGUACCUGGGAGCCUGUGCUGGCGACUACGAGCACCAUGUCGCAUGCCACUCAGCCAACGCGUUUACGGCGACAGGCAACUUGAAGAGUUUCAUUCCGGGAAAAGUAUCCCACUAUUUCGGAUGGACAGGUCCAUCUAUGACAUUCGACACAGCAUGUUCAGCCUCGGCCGUUGCCAUCCACACUGCUUGUAACAACCUGCGUUCAGGCGAAUGCUCAGCAGCCUUGGCCGGCGGUGUCUCAACUAUAAGCAACUUUCUCUGGUUCCAGAAUCUCGCUGGGGCCAGUUUUCUCAGUCCGAGUGGCCAGUGCAAGCCGUUUGACGACUCAGCCGAUGGGUACUGUCGCGCAGAGGGUAUCGCAUGUGUCUUCCUCAAAAGACUUUCGGAUGCUAUCGCUGAUGGGAAUCCCAUAUUCGGUUGUGUCGCCAGCACCGCUGUUUACCAGAACCAGAACUGCACUCCCCUGUUCGUGCCCAACUCGCCAUCUCUUUCUCAGUUAUUUUCGGACGUCAUUACCAAAGCAAAUCUCAAACCAAGUGACAUCUCUCUCGUUGAGGCACACGGCACAGGAACACCUGUUGGUGAUCCCGCCGAAUAUGACAGUAUUCGUCUUGCCAUCGGCGGUUCCAACCGUAAUACGGUACUCCCUAUUGGUUCGGUCAAAGGACACAUUGGCCAUGCCGAGGGAGCCUCCGGUGUGAUCUCGUUGAUCAAAAUUCUUGUCAUGAUGCAGGAGAGUUACAUUCCUCCGCAGGCUAGCUUUUCUAAGAUGAGUGGGCAUAUAAAGGUCACACCUUCUGACUUGAUGGAAGUCACAACUAGCCUGAGAGAGUGGACUGCAGACCAAAAAGCUGCGCUUAUCAACAACUACGGUGCCAGUGGAUCAAAUGCUUCUAUGGUAGUGGUUCAACCUCCCGGGCAGCGAGCACUCGAAGACUCCCAACGAAGAUCCACGACCUCCCGAGCUAUUCCGUUCCGUAUCUCAGGGCAUGAUGGACGUGCCAUUGCCUCAUACUGCGCCAAACUGGCCCAAACCCUCGAGCAGCGACCCUACGCCAGUAUUGCUGACAUUGCAUUCAACGUCAACCGACAAUUCAACCCUUCUCUUGCUCGAAGACUCGUGUUUAGCUCUCGAUCUAUUACAGAUCUCAAGUCGAAGCUUUCCGAAAUUGAUGCUGCGCCCGAAAAAGCGAAUGUUGGAACUGCCAACUCAUCAACUGAACGUCCUGUGAUUCUAUGCUUCGGAGGCCAAGUAUCGACGUACGUUGGCCUCGACCGCGCAGUCUACGAUAGCAUGUCGAUUUCGCGUCAUCAUCUUGACCAGUGCGACUCGGAAAUGCAGUAUUUUGGCUUCGGUAGCAUGUACCCCGACAUAUUCAUGCGCACCCCUCAGGAUACAGUCAAGCUUCAAAUGAUGCUCUUUGCCCUCCAAUAUUCCUGCGCCAUGGCUUGGCUUGACUCUGGUCUGUCGACCCAGGUUGCUGCGGUGACUGGUCACAGCUUUGGCGAAAUCACGGCACUGUGUGUAUCAGGAGCUCUCAAGCUUCAAGAUGCAAUCAAGCUCGUCGUUAGUCGUGCACGAUUGGUCAGAGAUAACUGGGGUCUUGACCCUGGUGCCAUGAUGGCGGUCGAAUCCGACGAGGCUCACGUUCUUGAGCUGCUGGCCGAGGCCAAUCAGCCAGGUGAUGAUGCUAAGUUAGCAGAGAUAGCCUGCUAUAAUGGUCCCCGAAGCUUUACUAUAGCGGGAUCUAGAGGAGCCGUUGAGCGGGUCGCUGAGGUGAUCUCCAGACAUCCCAGGUUUUCGUCUAUCAGGUCCAAAUGGCUCAAUGUCACAAACGCCUUUCAUUCAAGCCUUGUUGAUCCUAUCACUUUGGAGCUUGAGAAGAUUGGCAACGACCUAGAGUUCAAAGAGCCUACCAUACCACUGGAGCGGGCAACUCGGACCAGAACCACUUCCAAACCGGGCCCCAAAUUCGUCGCCGAGCAUAUGAGAAACCCUGUCUACUUCAACGAUGCUAUUCAGCGGCUAGCCCAAGACCAUCCUACAGCACUCUUUCUCGAGGCUGGCUCGAGUUCUACUAUUACUAUAAUGGCUAACCGUGCCCUGGCAAGCCAGGCAGCUUCCAAGUCGAAUUACUUCCAGGCUGUUAACAUCCUGACUGAUAAAGGCCUCGACAAUUUGACUGAUGUCACGCUCGGCUUGUGGAGUGAGGGCUUGAACGUUAACUUCUGGGGCCAUAAUCGACUACAGGCCAGCGAGUUUACUACCAUGAUGCUGCCACCAUAUCAGUUUGAGAAAUCCCGGCAUUGGCUUGAGCUUAAAUCUCCUCUCAAGGCAAUUGAGGCGGCUGCUUCCGAGCUCGCGAGCUCUGCUCCUAUCAAUUCCAGUGGCGACCGCGAAGCAGAGACAAAACCCGAUGGUCUCUGGAGCCUCGUCUCUGCCGAAGCAGACAAUGCUCUCUUCCGUAUCAACACAUACUCAACCGCAUACAAGAACUUCCUCUCAGGCCACCUCAUUGCUCAAACCGCCCCGAUCUGUCCUGCCACGCUCAUGGUAGACAUGGCUAUCGAAGCACUCUUCAGUAUCAAUCCAGAAUGGAAACAAAGUGGCCUCGUCCCCGUGAUUCACAACAUGGUCAACCACGCACCACUAUGCAUUGACCCCUCGCUAACUACCUACCUUGCUUUUGAGAAGCAUGAUAACCAGAUCACCCAUUGGACAUGGCGCAUAUACAGCCAAGAGGCUGAACAAGCACACUCAGAAACCCACGUGGAGGCUGAAAUUCAUUUUCGAGACCCUUCCGAAAAGAGUUAUCAAUCAGAGUUUUCGCGUUUCGAGCGUCUUGUCAGUCACGCCAAAUGCACCGAUAUGCUUCAACUCGGUCUCGGUGGGGAACACCAAGGCGAUGUUCUUACGGGCCGCAGUAUAUACCGCACAUUUGCUGAUGUCGUUGACUAUGGCGACAUGUACCGUGGUGUCAAAGCCGUCGUUGGUGGCUCAAAUGAAUGCACAGGGCAUGUUUCCAAGCAAAGGUCUAAUGAGACGUGGCUUGAAGUCCCACUCAGCGACUCAUUCAGUCAAGUCAGCGGGAUCUGGGUGAAUUGCAUGAACGACUUCGAUUCAAAUGAUAUGUUUAUUGCAACGGGCUGUGAGCUGUCAAUGCGGUCGCCGUUCGUCGACAAGGAGGCAGAUCAGAUUCAGGAGAACUGGCACGUCUUUGCUCGUCAUACUCGUCAGUCUGAAAAGCUAUACAUGUCAGAUGUAUUUGUCUUCAAUGCUUCUACCGGUAUGCUGCGGGAGGUUAUGCUGGGAAUCCAAUACGCACGCGUUGCCAAAGCCUCCAUGCGACGGAUGUUGACGCGUUUGACAAAUGAUCCUUCAGUUCUCAAGGCAACGCCUUCGUCUACGGCCGCACCCAAACUCACCCCGACAGAGGGUUUAACCACUCCUAUCGAUGUGCUUAAACCGACGGUUUCGCAGGUUCAAAAGGUGGAACCGGCCAAGCCAAAGCAAUCAAGUCAUCCAGACAUAACUGAGGACGUCAAGAAUCUGGUGGCGCAUGUGGCAGGAAUUGAGGUUGACGAAAUCACACUUGACGCUGAAAUGGCUGAUUUUGGCAUCGACUCGCUCAUGGGCAUGGAGGUAGCUCGUGAGGUUCAAGUUGUCUUCAAAUGUACCUUGGACCAGAACGAGCUGAUGGAAGCUACAAGUCUCCGCAAAUUCGUUGUAUGCAUAUCCAAAGCACUCUACGGGCCAGACUAUGAGAGUGCUGCUAUCGCAGAUGAUAAUGGCAACUCAUCCACGGCGUCUAGUAGCGAUGUAUCUGAGAACUCGGGUUCAGCGACUCCACCUUCACCAUUGGCGUCCAGCGUUGAACAAAGUCCCCCCAAAGCCUUCUCUUCCUUGGAACCGCAGGCAGUGGAAGGCAAGCUGGAGCUUUUGCAGUCGGAGAUCCUGGAGUCAUUUGGACAGGUUAAGCUACUGUGCGACCAGCAUCUUCGAGAUUUCAAAGUGGAUAACAUCGACCGCGUGGUCCUCGCUGGGUCUAGUCGUCUCUGUGUUGCACUCGUGGUCGAGGCUUUCGAACAACUUGGUGUCUCCCUCAGCAGUGCGCAGCCUGGACAAGUUCUUGCCCGUAUUCGAUUCCAGCCAGCUCAUCAACGAUUGGUAGAUUUCAUCUACAGAUUCCUUGAACACGAUGCUCGCCUUGUUGAUAUAGACAAGGCGACAGGACAGAUCACACGAACAAGAGUUCCCACGCCCCGCAAGUCAAGCUCCCAGAUCCUUGACGAGCAACUGGCGAGCUAUCCCGAGUUCGUCGUCGCUAAUAAGCUGACUUACUAUGCUGGCACUCACUUAGCGCCUGUCCUCAGCGGCGAGACAGACGGCUUACGCGUGAUAUUUGGAAGCAUCCAGGGUCGUGAGCUGGUACAAGCUUUGUACUGCGAGCACACAUUCAACCGCAUGAACUACAAUCAUAUGCGACUUGUUAUAGAGAACCUUGUUCAGAAGUUCAGCCAGCGUCAACCAGGCAAGACGCUCAAGAUCCUUGAGGUAGGCGCAGGAACUGGUGGAACUACUUACGUGCUAGCGCCAGUCCUCGCCAAGCUCAACAUCCCGGUUGAGUAUAUAUUCACUGAUAUUUCUGGGUCAAUGGUGGCCAACGCAAGGCGCAAGUUUGGCAAGCUAUAUCCAUUCAUGCAGUUUGCCGUGCACGAUAUUGAGAAGCCACCGGCCGAAGAACUGAAGGGCCAGCAUAUCAUUAUCGGUAGCAACGCCGUCCACGCCACCCGCAACCUCGUUACCUCUGCUUCCAAUCUCCGAAGUGCACUACGUCCUGAUGGAUUUCUGAUGAUGCUUGAGAUGACCGAGUCAGUCCCGUUUGUCGAUAUCAUCUUUGGCCUGCUUGAAGGCUGGUGGCUCUUUGAUGACGGUCGUAACCAUGCAAUCAUCGCUGCUGAAGAGUGGGAGCGUAACCUUCACGACGCUGGAUUCGGUCACGUUGACUGGACUGAUGGCUCAUUGCCGGAAAAUACUUUCCAGAAGGUGAUCAUCGCCCUCGCAUCAGGAGAGCCUCAGGCAAGAAUACAGAAGUCAACCUUACCUGAUGUCAUGUCUGCACUGCCUGAGCCAUUGUCUGAGAACAAGAAAGCCGAAGUAGAGGCUCACGUCGUCAAGCACACUGCUGGCUUCACGGUACCGGACAAAGGACAACGCAGGUCAUAUAAUGACACAAAGGCUGUUGUCAUUCUUACGGGCGCUACAGGAAGCCUUGGCUCUCACUUAGCCAGCAGUCUCACUCGCCGAGAUGACGUUGGGACGGUAGUUUGUAUCAACCGUCGAAGUAGGGCGCCUGUUCACGAUCGGCAAGACGAGGCGUUCUCGUCCCGUGGCAUCUCCAUGUCAUCAACUCAACGGUCCAAACUGCGCGUACUAGAAGCCGAUACUCCAAGUCAGAACUUGGGUCUUUCAGCGUCUGAUUACGAGUGGUUGGUACAGAAUGGUACACACAUCGUGCACAACGCGUGGCCCAUGAGCGGAACACGUCCCGUCAAGGCAUUUGAACCUCAGUUCCAAUCUCUCCGCAACCUACUCAAUCUUGCACGCGACAUGUCCUGUCGUGACAAUGCUCCUCGCAUCACGUUCCAACUCGUGUCAUCCAUCGGCGUUGUGGGCCAUCAUGAGUCCAGUCGAGUGCCGGAACAGCGUGUUCCACUGGAAGCUGCACUACCAAUUGGCUACUGUGAAGCCAAGUGGGUGUGUGAGCGCAUGCUGGAUGAGACACUGCAUAGAUAUCCCGAUGCAUUCCGUACUAUGGUUGUCCGCCCGGGACAGAUCGCUGGCUCAAGUUCAAGCGGCUUUUGGAAUCCUAUCGAGCACUUUGCCUUUCUAGUCAAGUCCGCUCAGUCGCUUGGUGCGUGGCCCAACUUUGAUGGCAUUUUACAAUGGGUCCCUGUGGACGUAGUGGCGGAUACCAUGGUUGAUCUUUUACAUAUCGGAGACCGCAAUGCUCCAACACCGUAUCCCGUUUAUCACAUCGAUAACCCUGUGGGACAGCCCUGGAGCACUAUGUCAAAAGUUCUGGCAGAUGCUCUCAACAUCCCUCCCCAACAGAUCAUACCCUUCAACCGCUGGAUUAAGUUGGUCCGGAACUCACCACUCCCAGCCGAUACAUGGAAUCCAGCUGCACGACUUGUUGACUUCCUAGACUCUAAUUUUGAGCGAAUGUCUUGUGGUGGAUUGAUCUUGGACACCGAGAAGACUCAGGAGCAUUCUCAGACCCUGGCUUCACAAGGUCCUGUUACUGCGGAGGUUGCUAGAAGAUAUGUAGCAAGUUGGAAGACAACAGGGUUCUUGGACGCGUGA